AUGGCUACUGUUCCGUAUACAGAUCCUGCUAUUUCAAAUUUACCUUCAUCGUUCGAUGUUGCUCGUCGUGAUGACUUUUUUGGUUAUAAUAAUCCAAUGCAAGCAAUUGAUUCUAUGACAUCCAAACAAAGAAAUCCCGAUGGUACCAUGCAACAGCCAACACAAGUUAUCACUGUUAGUGGUGGAAGUAUUCCACCUGAAAUGAUAUUAGCUUCAUCAGGUGGAACAUUUUUUGAUAUGCGUGCACCAAGUGAAAUAUUUGCUGAAAUGGAUGCAAGACUCAAUCGACAACGACAUACUAUUCUUAAUAAUCCACGAAUGUUGAACAUGCUAGAACAACAACAACAACAACAACAACAACAAAACUAUUAG